AAUGAAGGAUUGUUGUUUUUCUGUAAGAAUAUUCAACCUUUUUACGCUGUGCGGAUCUCUGAUCUAAUCAUAUUUUACACAUACUACAUCGCUAGUCUCUGUGUGGUCAGUUUUUUUUGUUACUAUUAAAAAUAUAUUUAACAUUUUUGCUGUUGACUAAAUUAGAAUUCGCUGCCUGGCCUGGUUUAGAUAAGAAUUGAAACUGGGCUCCAAAAUGGAUGACAACAAGAUGGUGGGAGGCAAAGUGAAGAAGCCAGGAAAGCGAGGUCGUAAACCAGCCAAAAUCGACCUAAAGGCGAAAUUAGAGAGGAGUCGUCAGAGUGCACGGGAAUGCAGGGCAAGGAAGAAGCUACGCUACCAGUACCUGGAGGAACUGGUCUCCAGCAGAGAGAGAGCUAUCUGCGCACUUCGAGAAGAGCUGGAAAUGUACAAGCAGUGGUGCUCUGCAAUGGAUCAGGGUAAGAUCCCAUCAGAAAUCAAGGCACUGUUGACAGGGGACGAGCAUAACAAAGCACCACAAAGCACAAGCAAGCCACCCAAAAAUGGAAAGAAUAAUGGAAACAACAAUGGUCCAUAAGGAAGAUGUUUUUCUUAAAGGAAUUGAAGAAAGAUUCUUGCAUAUGCAGUAUGUGGGUUAAAAAAAAAAGGCAACAUGCUUCCAUAUUUUAUAUUAGAAAAAAAAAUAUAUAUAUGGGAUAAUGCAAUGUCUACUAUCUUUAGUAGAUUGCAUGGUAAUGAGUUUAAUGCUGCUGAAAUUUGAAAUGUUGUCAUUUAUUGUGUCCUGCUAUAAUGAAUGUGAUUUAAAAGGAGUAUUUGUUACUGUUUUAAGAGCCUGGUUUUGGUAAUUCAUAGGUACCCUCCAGCUAUCUAAAUAUGGACACCUCUGUAUUACUAGCUGUUUCUUUCAUUUUCACUAAAUAAUAAUAACAAGGUGAAAAGAGGUGUUACUAUCAUCUGCUUUUUAGAUCGUUAAAGUAGACCCAUGCAGUGAGUGUAAAGCUGCUCUUCUGAAUGUACCACAUUGCUUACAGAUCCGUUAGCUUUUCCCCAUGUACCUGUGAAGUUUUCCUCUCAAGAUCAUUUGGUCAACUUUUGACUACUACAAGAUAGCUUGAUCUAAUAUAAAUGGUAAACAGCUAGGUUCAUAUUAUUGAAUAAAAUACACCUCCACGUUGCUGUCUUAGUUCAAACAGUAGCAAUUUGAAAUAUUUCUUUAACGGGGAUAGGUGGUGCUGUGCCUUUUGAAAAUAUAAGUAAGGUAACACUUAUGAUUAUAUUAUAUUGUUCAAAAGUUUGAAGCAUUCCAAAACAGUUUAACUCUCUUGUGUGGUCUGUUUGGGGCUGUAGUAAAAAAAAAUAAACCCACAAAUGACUGUAUAUUUAUGUAGAGGGCAGGAUUUGACCACAAUUUCUGGUACCUAUUGUUACACAAUACUUCCCUUGCAAACGAACAUAUCUGAUUUCAUUGACGUCACCAGUAACUGAUCAGUAGCACCCUGCUACUGAUUUGAUAUCAGUGUGAUACCAUUGGUAUGCUAAAAUAUGAAAAUGUUAGCAAUGUCAUUGUUCUACCAUUGAAUGAUAGCACACAAAGAAAAAGUGUUUUGAUAGUAACUAUUGUAUUGUCAGACAAUGACCAUUCAAGAUAAUUUGAUAAGUCAUGGCUAAAAUAAGCCGUGUUGUUUUGGAAUGCUUGAACAGUCUUUUUUUAACAGGCGGGAUUGCACGAGUAGGAUUCUCUGUAUUUGCUGUUUGAUCCAGUACAUGCAUUUAUAUUGUGGCUUUAGAAUACUUUGAUUUUGAUGUCAAUGUGUGUAUCAUUUUUUGUUUUUGUGUGGUUAAUGGUAAAAUGUUAAUGCACUUUUCAGCGUUUUGAGUACUGUAUUUAUGUUAACAUAAAUGUAUUUUUAUAUUGAUUGUACUUUAUAUCAAAGAGAGGACUCUUGUUUUAUGCUUUGUAUUCUUUCCUGAUGCCUUGAUCCAUUACAGUAGAGCUGUGGUCUGCGUCUGAGUAAAAGAAGACCUUUUCUGUGUAGAGAAUAGCCUCAUUGCUUCCUCUUGGGGGUUGUGUAUAAAGGGAAUGGUGGUUGUUCCGUUGCUCUUCAAUCUUGCAGUUUUGUUAUAAGACCAACUGAUCCAGUAUUUUUUUGGGAGAUUAACGUUACAAACCAUUUACACAUGAGUGUACAAUUACUUAAAAUAAUCCUGGGUAUCUGGUCAGAUUACUGUAUUGGGUGCCCCAAAAGUGCUGAAAUUGAACCACUGCUAAACUGAUUUAUCCACAUAAAAAAGAAUGGUACAUAUGUUAUUUGAAUUGAUGUGCCCCGUUCACAGAAUAUCAUACAUCUAUUUAAGUUGUCAGAUGUUUUUGAUAAACUUAAUAAAGUUUGGUAUACAUUUGGAACUUAUUCUAGUUUUUCUAAAAACUCUUUAACCAUAAACACUGAAA